AUGCCACGUACCAAGAGAAGAACCGUCAAGCGUUCGUCUGCCGACAUGAACAUGACAACUGUGAAUGCAACGAUGGCCAACCAAUCGAAAAAUAUGAAAGAAAUUUUAAGCGAAUUUGAUUGUGAAAAACAAAAUAUUGAAGAUUAUUUUUCUGAAAUAUUUGAUACCCAAAGAAAUUUAAUUGAAAAUUCAUUUUUAAUGACAAAAAUGAAUUUGGGUGACUCACUACAUUGUAAUCUUUAUGACAUUAUUUGUAAACAGUAUCCAACUAAAUCCAACAGUGGAACUAAAAAAAACCUGGAACGACCUUCAAGGCCAGUUACCAAACCUACAGUAAAUAAGACAACCAGACAAAAAAGUACGUCUAGUUCAACAUCUAAGACCAAUGGUUCUGCCACUGUAACAAAACACCGUAGUGCAACACGACAUGUUGAUGAUAAGCCAGUAUUAACAGAAGGAAUGGAAUCUAGAUUUAAAACUCCACUUAAUCGACUACCUGUACUUGCUUCAGCAACAGUUACACCAAAAGUAAAUAUGCAUGAACCAAUAUCAAUGAUGCGGCGUCCAAAUCAAGGAGAGGUUGCACUUUCAAUGACUGGAAGUCCACUCAUGGUUUCGUCUGUUUCUAGGGAUGAUAUGGCCACAGUCAGUGUACCAUUAGCCAACGGAAAUAUUCUUUCAAUAUUACCUAGAGCUGGUGCUACUAUGGACAUAUCAUUUGAUGAACAGACUAAAAGUGAAUUACUUCUUCUCAAGGGUAACAUUGAAGGGCUGUUGAAAAUGAAUAGAGGUCUGUGA